UGAGACUUGGGGGCAGAGGGUGACUAAGCAUUGUCCCUGUUUUAUAGUGGGAAAUUGAGAAGAAAGGUGAAAUGACUUGCCCAAGGCCAAAUUCUUCCCUCGUUACCAGAAGUGUAACUCCACUGAGUUUAAUGGAGUUGCCCCCAGAACUAUCAGUUUGUGACAAUGCCAGAUUCACAGAAACUCCUCCAAGAAUACACUCCGAAGAAUGACUUUUUGAUCCUGUUGUGUCCAGUUAGCCAGCACAUGGACUGAGAAUCUCAUUGUUGGCUUUCUAACAUUGGAUUUAUAGAAUGUUAUAAUUAACAACAGGUGACUGGCAACAUUACAUGCACAGCAAGCAACGUGAAAAGAUUGGCAGCUCAAGAGCCACCUGUGAAUCAUCAAAAUCUUUCCUCGGAUAAACUCGGUAGUGAUUCUGGUGCUGAUUUGGAAUCAACAAAAUAUCUUACUCGACUGGCCUAAAGCAGACACGGAAUCCAGGCCUCUUAAGGUGAACCACAAGUGACUUUGAUCCACUGUACUGCCCCUUCCCAAAAAUCUAAAUGUCAUGGCUGUGCUGCUAGCCCCUGUGCAGCUGCUGGCAGUGGCUGUAACAGUUUACCUAGAGCUAGUGAGAUCCAUUCAAGGGGGCAUCUAUUAUGGGAUCAAGCAGCUGCCACCCCAUAUCCCGCAAUAUCAGGCCCUUGGACAACAAGUACCUCACAUGCCACUGGGCAAAGAAGGCAUUCCAAUGCAGCACAUGGGCAAGGAGGUGCCACACAUGCAAUAUGGAAAAGAAUACCCUCAUCUGCCUCAGUACAUGAAAGAAAUCCCACAGCUGCCUAUGCUCGGCAAGGAGAUGGUGCCAAAAAAAGAUAAAGAAAUUCCAUUAGCCAGUUUGAGAGGUGAGCAAGGUCCCCCUGGUGAGCCUGGACCAAGAGGGCCACCAGGGGCCCCAGGUUUACCAGGUCAUGGAGUGCCAGGAGCCAAAGGAAAACCAGGUCCACAAGGAUAUCCAGGAAUAGGCAAACCAGGUAUGCCUGGAAUGCCUGGAAAACCAGGAGCAAUGGGGCUCCCUGGGUCAAGAGGUGAGAUGGGACCAAAGGGAGAGAUUGGGCCUAUGGGAAUACCAGGGCUACAGGGACCACCAGGGCCUCCUGGACUGCCUGGAAUAGGAAAACCGGGUGUUCAAGGAUUACCAGGACAACCAGGAGUAAAGGGUGAACCAGGAAUGAAAGGACCACCAGGACUCCCGGGGCUUCAAGGGCCUAAAGGAGAAAAAGGCAUUGGGAUUCCAGGUUUACCAGGGUUAAAAGGUCCACCUGGGUUACCUGGCCCUCCAGGUCCAGUUGGACUCCCAGGGAUAGGCAAACCAGGAAUGAUUGGGUUUCCAGGACCACAGGGACCUAUAGGUAAACCGGGACUUCCAGGUGAACAAGGGCCACAAGGUCUUCUUGGGGCACCUGGGAUUCAAGGUCCACCUGGCCUUCCAGGUGUUGGAAAACCAGGUCAAGAUGGAAUCCCAGGCCAGCCUGGAUUCCCAGGUGGAAAGGGGGAACAAGGCUUGCCGGGUUUACCAGGGCCCCCAGGCCUACCGGGGAUUGGGAAACCAGGAUUUCCUGGGCCUAAAGGUGAUCGUGGCAUGGGUGGGUUCCCUGGAGCACUGGGGCCUAAAGGUGAGAAAGGGCACAUGGGUCCUCCUGGCAUGGGUGGGCCUCCCGGGGAGCCAGGUCAACCAGGAUUACCAGGAGUAAUGGGGCCAUCUGGUGCUGUUGGUUUCCCAGGACCAAAAGGAGAAGGUGGACCUGUAGGGCCUCAAGGACCUAUUGGUCCAAAAGGUGAACCUGGCCUACAAGGUUUCCCAGGAAAGCCAGGUUUUCCUGGGGAAGUAGGACCCCCAGGUCUUAGAGGACUACCUGGUCCAAUGGGACCAAAGGGAGAAGCUGGUCACAAAGGUUUGCCAGGCCUGCCUGGUGUUCCUGGGCAAUUAGGACCUAAAGGGGAACCUGGAAUCCCUGGUGAUCAAGGCCAACAAGGUUCAUCUGGAAUCCCAGGUAUCGCAGGACCCAGUGGCCCAAUCGGACCACCUGGACUUCCAGGACCUAAAGGAGAACCAGGUGUACCUGGUCCACCAGGCUUUCCAGGAGUAGGGAAACCUGGUAUUUCAGGGCUGCAAGGACCACCAGGAAAACCUGGGGCACUUGGUCCACCUGGCCAGCCGGGUCUCCAGGGUCCUCCAGGGCCUCCAGGUCCACCUGGUCCUCCAGUAAUAAUCCCACCCACCCCGCCAACCAUUGGACAAUAUUUGCCAGAGAUGGGGCCUGGCAUUGAUGGAGUGAAGACCCCACCUGGCUAUAUGGGCAAGAAAGGCAAGAAUGGUGGUGCUGUCUACGAAAUGCCUGCAUUCACAGCGGAACUCACCACACCCUUCCCACGGGUCGGGGUGCCUGUGAAAUUCGACAAACUUCUCUACAAUGGCAGGCAGAACUAUAACCCACUGACUGGUAUCUUCACCUGUGAGAUCCCUGGGAUUUACUACUUUGCCUACCAUGUUCACUGUAAAGGGGCCAGCGUCUGGGUAGCUUUGUACAAGAACAAUGAGCCACUGAUGUAUACAUACGAUGAAUAUAAAAAAGGUUUCCUGGACCAAGCUUCUGGAAGCACCGUCAUUCAGCUGAUGCCUGGAGACAAAGUUUAUAUUCAGAUGCCAUCUGAACAGGCAGCGGGACUCUAUGCUGGGCAAUAUGUUCACUCAUCUUUCUCAGGAUAUUUAUUGUAUCCUAUGUAAAAACAAAACAAAAAACAAACAAACACCCCCAGACAAAAUCACAACUCUUUUCCUCUGCUUCAAACUUUUAUACCAUUGAAAGAUGCAUUUACUGACAGUUUUAGAUCCCUCUUGUACAACAAAUAAAACACAAAGUUUCACAUUAUGCACAGCUUGUUAUAAAAAUGGU